CACUGAUUUAAAACUCUCCCUUCUUUAAUAAAAGGCGAUAAAAAAAAGUUUUCUUUCUUCUUCUUCUUUCUUCUUUCACAACUAGCAUGGGGUUAUUAAAAUUAGGCAGCAUAUACAAAAAGAAGAGCAAAAAAGAACCCAUUAUCGAUCAACCACCAACACCUAUAGCUCCAAAAUUAGAGCCUUUGUCACUCGAAUUGAAUUUAAAUUCAAUAGCCACGAUUGACAGUAACACGUCGUCAAAACCAGACAACAACAACAACAACAACAGUAAAGCACCUGCAGGAACAGGAAGCUUUAUGGAGGAUAUCUUUUCUCAACUUGACACGAAGCCUAGUCAAAAUAAAGAUCCUCUUCAUCAAGAUUUUUCAUUGGCCCUUGCUCUCUCACAACAAUUAGGCCUAGAAGAUGUCAAGCCAAGCACAACAAAAUCAGCACCUGCCAAGAAAACAACACCUGCUGCCAGUAACAAUGACUUUUUAUUGGGUAAUGAUAGUAUUUAUAGUAGCUAUCUACGAGCUAUGGAUUCAGACAAUCAACAUUCGUCUUCAUUUGGUACUUCUAUGUUUGAUCAUCUCUUGACAAAAAACAAUACAACCACUUAUCAUCGUGAAACACAGCCACAACCACAACAACCACCACCACCACCACCUACCACCCAAGUUGUACUUGACUCGGAUGUCUCGGAUUCUGAUGAAGCCUCUGAACACUCAGAAGACAGUGCAUCCAAAGAACAAGCAUCGUAUCGUAUGACAAAAGGUGUACGACCCAUCAUGGAACGACGCGCACAAGAUAACCGACUCUUGGUUCAACGUAAAGUAGACAAUUGGUCUAAACAAGUGGAUCCUGAUGCCAAGUUAGUCGAAACAAACGAAAGUAUAAUCAAUCGUAUGAAAGAUAGACAUCGAAACCAAGUGAAAAUGGCUGCUUUAAGACAACAACAACAACAACAACAACAAAUGGGCCAUCCUCAUAUGGUUCCACAAGCAUAUGGCAUGCCGCUCUCUCAAAAUAAUAUGGUAUUACCACACCCAGGUAUGUUGAUGGAUCCUGUCCAUUCAAUGUAUUAUCCACAACCCGAAUUUCCUGCAGACUAUAAUACAGUCAUGCCUCCAGUACCUACUUCUUUUAUGCCUCAUCCUGCGCAUGCAGCCCCUUCUUCUCCACCUCCUAGAGAAGAGAUGGAAUCAUACAAGCCUACGAUUGCCUUGUCUAAAAGUAUGUCUACUCCCACUAUCCAGAGAAAAACAGAUCGAUCAGCUAUGAUGUCUCUACCUAAUCACAGUAGUAGUAGUGAUAGCAAUCAUAUUUCUACUGAUACUGACUCGAUGGUAGCUGAGUCUCCUAUACCUGUAGAAGAAACCCCUAGUUUAGAAGAUCAAUCAGCUGCUGAAGAAGCAGAUGCAGAAAGCAGUGACGAUGAAGAAAGAAGAUCUAUCACUCUCCGUAAACAAAAAUCAAAAAAGCAGCGUCAAAAGAGUGCUGAGACUGAACUGAGUGACACAAGAGCAAAUUAUCGACAAGUAAGAUCGUCAAGAUCAGCACCCAAUCUGAAAAAGAACAAGAAAAAGAAAUCAAGUACUGCCAGUAGUCGUCGUAAUUCACAAGAAUUGUCGAUUACCAGCACUCCUCCUUCUGAAACUGUCAUGACUCCACCACGGCCGCCAUUACCUAACACAUUUGCUCAAGCCAUGAUGGAAGAAGACCCCAAUCAUGGCGUACCUCGUUCAAACAGUCACCACCAAAUGAUGCAACCUCAUCGCCAUACAUUAAGACAUAUGAAGAGUGAGCCUGAGUUACCUAAAAGGAACAUUCAGUACCAACAACAAUUGAAUUAUGAAUGGGAGCGUAUGCAAAUCCAUCAACGAGAACAACAACUAAAAAGUCAAUACCAAAGCAAAUUCAAUACUUCUCAACAACAACAACAACAACAACAGUCUUAUAUGGCUAUGUAUGCACCUGUAUAUUAUCCCACAGCAAGAAUGCCUUAUAGCAUGGACUCACAUCAAGAUCAUCGUGCAAGCCAAAUGAGUAUGAAUAACCCUAUGGUUUAUCAACCCAAUUAUUAUCCUCAUCAUCGUUAA